AUGGCUUUACUAUCGACCAUAUCCAUGUACGUGAUUAUGGUUUCAAUCCUGGCAAUUCAACUACCUCUCUCUGCAAGCAUUGGCUUUAAUUAUGGGAGACUGGGAAACAAUCUUCCAGCCCCACAAGAUGUUGUAGCCCUUUACAAGAGGUGUGGCAUUCAGCUUCUAAGACUUUUUGAUCCAAGCCCUGAUGUAUUGGAAGCAUUAAGAGGGUCUAACUUGAAAGUGAGUCUUGGAGUGAGAAAUGAAGAUGUACAAAUCUUGGCCUCAAGCCCAGAAGCAGCUACCCAAUGGGUCAAUACUAAUGUUGCCCCUUACAAGGAUGAUGUACUUUUCCGAUGGAUUACAGUGGGAAAUGAGAUAAUUCCAGGUCCCCAAGCCAUACAUGUUACUCAAGCCAUGCAAAACAUUUAUAAUGCAAUAAAUUCUAUUGGCUUAACUACCUCUAAGGUGACCACAUCAUUUUAUUUGCUUGGCCUUGCAUCCUCUUUCCCUCCAUCAGCUGGGGCAUUCACAAAUGAAAUAGUGGAUGUUAUGAAGAGUGUUACUACUUUUCUUGCUCAAACAGGUGCACCCCUUAUGGUCAAUGUAUACCCUUACUAUAGUUACACUUCAGAUCCAUCACAUAUAACCUUUGAAUAUGCCUCAUUUCAAGGCACAGCUCCUUUAAUUGAUGGUGACUUGAAAUAUUUUAGCCUAUUUGAUGCAAUGGUUGAUUCAGUUUAUGCAGCAUUGGAAAAGAUAGGAGCAAACAAUGUUGGUAUAAUCAUAGGAGAAGUUGGUUGGCCUACUGCGGGAAAUGAGCCUUACACAACCAUACAAAAUGCACAAACCUUUAACCAAAAAUUGCUAAAUCAUUUGCAGGGUAAUAGUGGCACACCAAGAAGGCCAGGUCAACCUUUGGAUGCUUUUAUUUUUGCCAUAUUCAAUGAAAACCAAAAGCCAAAUGGGGUGGAGCAGAAUUGGGGAGUCUUCUUGCCAAACAUGACUCCUGUUUAUCCCCUUUUAAGUUGUUGA